AUGGAGUACUCCGAGGGCAGCGCCCGCACGUCCUCACGCGAACUCGCUGUCUGGCCUGCUGUUGCCCCCUUGAGAACUGUACGCUCUGUAUCUCGCAAGCGUGCUGCCUCCGAGAUGAGUGCCAGCGCUGAGAACUUGGCUUCUGCCUCGGAGGUUCCGCACUACGUCCCCACGACUGGUGUUGGUGAUGUCGCCUCUGGUGAUGGACAUUCUUCGAACCAGGGAGCCGGACACUCAUCUACGAGCAACUACGAUGGAGCCACGCUUACAGGAACUGCUACCAGCAACAAUGGUGCCGAAGGCAUCAGUGGCAACGUCGACUAUCCUCCCCUCAAUACUCCCGACACCAUCUGGCCUACUUUUCCGCGCCCUGACUCCCCAACCCCGACUCGAUCCCUUGGUCACAAUGAGGCAAACCAGAACUGGCCCUUCUCAGGUGACGGUGCCAAGUCGGCUGAGCUUCGUUCCGAGUUCUCAUACACCGAAGGCCCCCACAAGCACAGCCGAAAGAUGGCUGAGAAGAAGGCCCAGAGCGACCGACGUCGAGCCCGACUCCAUGAGCUUGCCCAUAAAGCUCUCCGUGCCAGUCCCAAGAAGACUGAGUCCCCUGGUAGACUUACGAGCCCCAACAACCCCUUCGCUCAUGGACACAUUCAGCGUUCCAACAGCAAGUCCCUGUUUGCGAAGCUAGGCAAGACUCUUAGUCCCCGCCGCGGCGAGAGUAUGGUCAAUGCCUACAAGGGUCAGAACGGACACCAGUCUCGCGGUGUCGUAACUCAAGGCUCUGUCCGCUCUGUCCAGAGAAUUGAUACAGCUGCCAACUUCGGUUCUGCUCGCUCUCGAACCCAAGAUGUCCUCACGGAUGCUCGUGGUCCAAGCCAUGCUGAGAACCGAACCAGCCUGAUGGUCAGCUUGCCCAGUGGCGUCUCCCCUCUCGACCAGCACGAGUUCGACGCUGGCUGUGGAGGCGCAGAUGCUGCAUUGACCCCUAACAGCCACAACCGCUUCCAGUCUCCUUCUACUCCUGGUCUCAUCACUGUUCAUGCGGUCCAGAACGCCUCUCGUGAACGUAGCUCUUCUCGCGUCACGGCUUCUACCUUGGCCAACCUUGGACUCAAGAAGUGGUUUGUCUACAAGGAGAAAACAAUAUGGUUGCUUGUCGGAGCCACUGGCGUCUUCGUCUUCAUCAGCUUAGUUGGCUCGAUCACCUCCAUCUCGGUCAAACGCAAUGGCAAUGAUGAUGUCUACACUGGCGACUACAUUUGGGUGGCCAUCAGUGUUGGAGGUACCUUCUUCUUCAUGGUCAUUCUCAGCCAGCUGAUCUGCCGACGCGAGCACCUCAUGAAGUUUCGCCAGGCCACCCCUGACCGCGCAGCUCGUGACGAGGAAUGGGUCGAGAUGGCCGAGCAACCCAUCGCUGCACCCGCUCCGGCUCGACUUCCUCUUACCAACAACAAUAUCUACCGUUUUAACGGUGGAAAUGUGCCCCCCAUCGAAGACGAACUGGCCCAUCGCUCUGUUCUGCGACGAACCGACGCUAUGGCCCAGAACGCGGCCUGGGACGCAUUCGCGUCCAACAAGGACCGCAUGAGACGCUAUGUCGAGUACCUCGAACAGCACGUUGACCAGGACAAGUCGAAGAACCUGGCUGCGGGCGCCAACGAGCCUAUCGUCCAGGAGCAGCAGUUGCACCAACGCAUCAUCACUGAACCUGCCCCCAUUGGUGUUGCCCGAAGCGACUCCAUCUAUGCAGAGCGUGUCCACCGGGAGCUCAACAGAAAGCACCAGCUCAACAAGCACCCGUCUGUCAUCAUGUCCGCUUCUGAAGUCUCUAUUGCCGGCCACGAAGAGUUCAGCCCAGUCCCCCAUGCUCAGCAAGGUGACGACGAUGGCAACUCCUCCUUCCUCGAGCUGGAUGACUCUGAAGGCGAAGAGUUCCACGAUGUCGCCAGCAUCGACGCUGACUCCGCUGCCGGCCGUCCCCUCGCUGACACGCACUCGAUCUCAGACUACACCUCUGAAGUCGGCACCGUCCCGGACUCGCCGCAGAAGACGCCCAUGAUGUACUCCCCGUUGGACUCGAUGAACCGCUUCUUGCCCUCCUCCGAGUCGUUCGCGUCUAUUGAUCACCCCGACCCUCUGCGCUCGAACCCAACCCCCACCCCGAGCGAGGACGAGAUGCCCAUCAGCCAUCUGCGCUCGCACCACGCGAUCACCACCGAAGCCGGAACCCCGGACAGCCAGAAGACGGACCGAUACGCGUCUUUCGUGCCCAUGCCGACCGAGCCGGUUGGCCAGCACCGCCGACACCAUUCCUGGAGCUCCCCGAAGGACUCAGUCAAGCGCACCGGCAGCCUCGUGUCGCACAAGCGCCAGAAGGGCCCCGUCCGCACGUUCCGCGACAUGACGCCCAUCAAGGAGCGAACCAACGAGCCGAACUCGUCGCCUGCGGCCUAG